AACAGAAGAAUGCAAGAAAAUCAUUGGAAUUAUUAAGAGGGAAGAGAAAAGGCUAAAAAAGUGAGAAGGGUUGACGGUGAGUAAAGAAGAAAGCCAAAACUAACCUUAUUUUUUCGUCUACUAAUUCAUUUUCUGCCACUGCCAUAUAGAAAGACACCUCCAGGAACAUUCAAGGCAACAGAAGAAUGCAAGAAAAUCAUUGGAAUUAUUAAGAGGGACAAGAAAAGGCUAAAAAAAUUGAGAAGAGUUGAAGUAAACUAACGACCAUGGCGGACACGGAAAUCACAGUGGAGCCGGAACAAGCAAGCGAAACAACCUCCCAAGAACAAGCAACAACAAGCACCACCUCGGAAAAACACGCCACCGAGACACCCUUCCACCCCGCCAUGAAGGAGCUCCUCGACAAACUCAUUCAGGAGGUGCAGGACAUGGCGGUGGAGGCGGGCGAGAAGGACACUUGCAUCGACGACCCUAAUCUGAAUGUGGAGGACCCUCAGAAGGCGGGGAUAGCGAAUUUGGGGCUGGAGCUUGAGAGUGAACUUGAGGCCCUCCUUGCCACACCUCUUGUCACCCUGCCUGAUGACCCUGCGCUCCACCUAGGCCUAGCGAGUGAGAAAAUGGCACUGGCAGCUGAUCAGAGUGCCAGAACCCUCCAGUAUUAUAAGAACAGGGUGGAGGAGCUGGAGCAGAAGCGCAAGAAGUACGAGGACAUGGUGAGGAAGGCUGCCAGUGUGGAUCAGGCCCUUGACCGCCUCCUGCACCACCAAUCCACCGAGGAGGGGAGGAGGGUGGCCUUGGAGAAGAGGUACAACGAUCUGUCGGUGAUAUUUCGCUGUCUGAGGAGGGAACUGCACUUCAUACUCGAGACUUACAACCCCGAGGAGCUGUCUAACGCCGAGAGCAUCAAGUCGAUGGAGGACAUGCUGGACGGGUUGGUGUCCCAGAUGCUGCUGAACCCCAAUGACCCGUACGUGGACAUUGAGGAGGGCAUGGAGGAGGGGAACAUCACGCUGCUGCUCUGUGCGAACCUCAUCACCCGACACCCACAGGACCCAACGCGCAUCAGGUUUGUCGACCCCAGAACGUAAUGAUGGAGGAGGAAGACGGAAGAUGUAGGCCUAGAAUGUAAUGAAGACGAAGGAAGGAAGGAGGAAAGAAAAGGGCCUGAAUGUGAUGGAAGAAGAGGAGGUUUCUUUCUUUUUGUGAGAAUGUGAUGAUUUUUAUUUCUUUAUUUUUAGAAUUAUCAUUUUUAGGUGAUUUUAGUUAUAUUUUUUAAAGAAUGAUUUUUUGUGAUUUUCUUUUUCUUUUCCUUUUUUUUAAUUCUUAUGAGUGAUUACAGUUUUAGGCCGCUGUAAUAGAAUUAAAACCAUUUAUUUUGUACUGGUGUUUUAGUCGUCCUUACAUUCCAUUGGCAUAAAAAAAACAGAAAAUUGAAAAGCUCGUUAAACGCUGUUCUUGUGGGAUCAGUUUUGGCCACUUUUCACUUUUGUCUUUAUGGGAACGGCGAUUAGAGGGCAUUAUUUUUUUUUAUUUAUUUAUUUAAUUUUUUUUUUUACACCUUUUGUUUGUUGCCCUUGACCUGAUUCCUUAGCUGUAAAAAGAAAAAAAGAAAAAAAAAGCUUAUUUGCAGUUUUUCUUUUGUGCGUAAAAAAAAAGGCUUAUUUGCCGUUUGUCUUUUUGAGUGAAUAAAAAAAGGGGGGAGGGGCUUAUUUGCUGUUUGUCUUUUGUGCCCUUGACCUUCUUCUAUUACUGUAAAACAAAAUGCGGCUUUAAAACAAUGGCCCGCUUUCUAAUGGUCAUGGAAGGUUACCAUUAAGAGAACUCGCCCAACAGAAAAGUUACUUAACCCGGUAGCAGCAGGGAUCAUGUUUCUUAAUGGUCCCUCCAAGUGAGAAAAUUGAGAAAAAAUCAUCACUCACACAAACCAUUUCAUAAUAUAUAUCAACGCAUUUGUGAUCAGUUUAUGUAUCAUCUAUUUUGGGGGUUUAUAUCGUGACAAAAAUUUGGCCCGUCACUGCUACACGGUAAAGCCACAAAUUUGGCCCGUCGCUGCUACACGGUAAAGCCACAAAUUUGGCCCGUCGCUGCUACACGGUAAAGCCACAAAUUUGUCCCGUCACUGCUACACGGUAAAGCCACAAAUUUGUCCCGUCACUGCUACACGGUAAAGCCACAAAUUUGGCCCGUCGCUGCUACCGGGUUAAAGUUAGAGGAUGAGACAAAGACAAGUGAGGAAUAUUUCCGAACCUGAAAACACUCGGAAGGAAAAUUAAAAUACAAGAAAUUAUAAGAGAAUUCAAGACCUCUGAGAAAUUUAAUAGAAAGUGUACAGUGGAUUAAAACACCCUGUCAGAACACUUUAUUGCUUACCUGAAUCACUUAGGACUAGAGAGUGUAUUUUUAAAUGUGUCGUAAAUCCCUUUCUUCUAAUCACAGAAUAUCACUAUGCUGGAUUUAAGAAUUAGAAAACACACACACACACAUACAUACACUACCAGUAUAAUCGGGUCACAGUUUCUCAGGUUUAAGAUUAAUAAAACUAAAAAUAAUCGCCUCACUCUUCCUUCUAAUUAUAUAAUGCCAUGAUUUUUCUGUAAUAACCCGGUAACAGCAGGGAUCAUGUUUUUUAAUGGUCCCUCUAAGCGAGAAAAAUGAGAAAAAAAUCAUCACUCACACAAACCAUUUCAUAAUAUAUAUCAAAGUAUUUAUGAUCAGUUUAUGCAUCAUCUAUUUUUGGGGGUUUAUAUCAUGGCACAAAUUUGGCCCGUCACUGCUACACGGUAAAGUCACAAAUUUGGCCCGUUGCUGUUACCGGGUUAAACAUGUCGGUACCUCUGUCUGCCUGUUUGGAAGGCCUCUUGUAGAAGUUAUACUGGGCUUUUCAUGGGCUGUUUUGUGCUCCCAAUAUGAUAGUUUUACACGGCUUAUACAUCUUGAACGGGGAAAUUAAUCAUAAAAACACAGUUAAUCCUCUCUGGGGUCUAAAUUCUAAAACAUUAAACUAAAAAAACUAAAAAAAUAGAAAAAAAAAAAUUAAAACGAACAAAAAACUGCAAAAAGAGGAAAGGAAGACAGAGGAAGAGGAAUUACGGGACCGUGGAGGAAGAGAGGGAGGAGAAGGAACAGGGGGAGGAAGGGAAGGUGGAGGAAGAGAGGAAGGAGAAAUAACAGGGAGAGGAAAAGAAGGUGAAGGAGAGGGAGGAGGAGGAGGAG